UCAUUUAAAAGAAAAUUGGGCCUAUCCCUGAAUUCUGAAAAUUUACAUAACAUGACUGACAUGACAUCUGGAGAAAAAAAAAUCUGGACGAUUUAUUGUCACUGUUGUAUCGAUCAAGUUGAAGAAAAAUGGCUGUUAUUGACUUUCCACACCACUCUUUUUUUUAAUAAGUUGGUGGGACCAUCCUGUUUUUGUUUUGUUUUUUAUUGUUGCAUCUAACAGCCCUGCAGCAGAGGGACAGCCAGGGAUUUUGACUAUUGUAGUGGUGGGCUAUCCCAACUCUUUAAAAAAGAGCUGCAGCCACAUUGUUAUCCUCUGGAGAAUAGAGAAACAAUUUCUUCAGGCCCUGGUUGGAGGUAACUUGCAGGCGUGUGAACGAUGGAUGAUGAGAAAGAGACCAGUCGAGGAGAAAGAAAGACAAAAGAAAGAAAGAAAGCUCUCGGUCCUGUCGGCGUGGUUCCGGCUGAGUUCGUUUUUUGCAGGCUGUUUGGGAGCACUUAAAACGGGCGCAGAGCCUGCACAAGAAUGUGCAGUUCUCAGAGGGGCGGAGACAAGUCUGCCUCGCAUCCAUAGCGAGCGGAGCGGCGUAUGGACAGCCUCACUCACUGUGGCUGCUGCGGGGAAGAGCUCAACUUUACAAUAGGAAACAACGCGGUCCGCUCUCGGUUCUUCUGGGUUGUGACGGGUGGAUGUUUUCUCUCUCUCUCUCUCUCUCUCUCUCUCUCGGUCGCGGGGGGACGCGUCACGCAGCCCGGUCGUGCUCUCUUCCUCCUCCGUGCUGCUCAAACUACCCCAGAAUCGUCCGCGGUGAAGUGACACAAGUGACCCGCCUAACAUAGUUACAAGUGCGCCUAUUGCAGAGGGACGCGACGCCGUACGCAGGAGGAAAAACGCCGCGGGGUCACGUUCAGACGGACAGCAGCCGGAUUUUCCUGCGCGUAAUGUUACAGCGCACUGUCCGCGGCCGUCUCCCCGCGGGGUGGCUGUGAAAAAAAAAAAGUGGUCAGUCAGGUUUUUUUUUUUUUUUUGCUUGUUUGUUUUCCCUCUCCAUCCACUUCCAGCCCCGCGUGGAACAAAGUGUGCUUUUAUGAAACACAACCUGCGCCGUGAGGUGGAGACAGGCGGCCAGCGUGGGGUUUUAUAUGUCGCAGCGUUUCUAGCCGAGAGUCCAGCGUCGUUCCCGAAAUCAUCAUCAUGAGGACCGCCGAGGAGCCGGAGGGCUUUGACGGAGAGGCCUCCAACACCUCCAUGAUCUCCGGGGCCAGCAGCCCCUACCAGCCCACCACCGAGCCCGUCCACGCCAGGAACGUUCUGGGAGGGAUACGCUGCGACGUGGAGUACCUCAAGUCCUACCUCGGGAUUUUAAAGGUGGUCGAAGUGGUUCUGUCACUUAUUGGAUUCAUCUGCAUAGAGACAAUAAUGAUGUGUUCUCCCUGUGGAGGGGUCUACUUCUUCGAGUUUGUCAGCUGCAGUGCCUUCGUGGUGACGGGAGUCCUCCUCUUGAUCUUCAGCCUCAACCUGCACACCAAGGUGCCCCAUGUCAACUGGAGCCUCACGGACCUGGUUAACACGGCUGCCAGCACCUUCUUCUUCUUCUUGUCGUCUUUGGUGCUGGCCUGCAUCAACCACAACACUGGAGCUGAAAUAGCAGCCGUGAUCUUUGGCUUCCUGGUGACAUGUGUGUACGGAGUAAACACCUUCCUUGCGUUACGGAGGUGGCGCCUGGGUAAUGGAUGUCAGGCGGCCCAGACCAGCGAGUACAUGCGAGCGCGCACGGCAUCUCGUGGGGAAAUGGAGGCGAGACCUGAGCUAGCAUGAGCGCUGGCAGACAAUCAGACGGACUAAGUGAACGCCACACUACCGGCAGCUGACCGAGACGGACGCUUCUCCGCCUUCAGAACGAUAUUUCAUUGGAGUCAUGCAUGGAGGGGCCGUCUUGAGGUCGCCACAUGCUUUUGACUUCUCAUCACGACACCUCAGCUGUCCUUCCUGCCUGCCCAGCCACUGAAUAAAUCAGGCUUCAGUGACACAUAGACACUCUGAAGCGAAGAGCUCGGGUCAGAAUUGAAGGUAUUCUCUGCAUAAACUUUUCACACAUGUCUUUCAAUCAGCGUGGAGGAUGACUUCCAAGAAAAGCCAAAAAAGAAGAGGCUGACCUCACCGCAGCUGUGCACCAGCUCCCGUUCCAUUGACUUUUUCUAGAAAGGCUUGUUUUUCACUGUGAAGGAAGAAGAGUAAAAGAAGGUCAGCUUUUUGUACAGUUUGCUUUUUUCACGCUGCUUUCUGUGACGUGUUCAGUGAUAAAUGUGAUCAUGGAAGCAUCGCGACUUUCCUGUUCUGUCUUCGAUACUGACAGCAGCCUUUAGCUUCUACAUGUGGGCAAGACUGAUGUUAGAUUUGAAUCUAGAGAUUGCACGUACUAAUUUAGAGUCUGUUUCUCCUCUAUAACUUAACAAAAGCCUUUGUGAUCGUAAGCCGCUAUUUCAGUAACAGUAACAGAACAGGGUCGUUCCGUACUGCAAUUAAAAUGGAAAGUACAAGAAAAAUAUUUAAAAUGAGCAGAAAAGAUUUACUCCUUUGUAUCACCAAUCCAUUUGCUUGUUUGACAAAAUUAUGAGACCAAAAUAAAACUUUAUUCCAUAUGUUUUAUCCCCAAAAAUUAUUUAAACUGGCAUUCUUAUAUUUAAAAUGUAGUGUGCUAGGUAAGGAGUAUCAUAUGGAAGCCCCAAACAGCCAUCAACCAUGUUAUUUUCUCUGUUGUCCUGUAAUAACGAGUUGUAUUUUGUUUUCUUGUGUCAUGAGCUAUUCAUGUCAUUAUCACGAAAGAUUAUUUCCUGAGAUAAUGAGAUUAUCUCUGAAUGAUGUGCUUUGUUUUCCCGAAAACACCUCUUUCCUUCAAGGCAGCCAGGAAAGAUUUGUCUAUUAUGGUGUCCCUGAGUAAAUGUCAGUGUUGACAAGAUGAAGUUAGUUCGACUGACAGCAUUACAUUCAGUCGUUUUUAUUCAUUCACUCAAAAAAAAUAAUUUUGAACAAGGCAAAAAAGCACAAAACUGAUGCAGAAAUAGUGAUCUCAAAUUAGUGUUGUUACGUUUGUUAUAUGGAGAUCAAAAUGAUAUGUUAUCUCAUUGGAAACAACUAUCUCAUGAUCUCAGGAAAACAUAAAAUGUAACUCUUCAUCACAGGAAAACAUGUCUGACCCAUGACCGUUCAGGGCUUCCAUACUAUCAGCCGUUGAUAGGUGAUUUGAAAGGUGACUGGCUUCUUGUUACUUUUGCACCUAUCAAAGGCUUCAGGUGACACAAAUGUUGAUGGCAUGUCCGUGAGAUCCAUUUUAAAACAAACAUCCGUAGGUGACCAACGCCCUUAGCCUAUACACUGUAUCUCAGGUACUGACACGCUCCAUUCAAUCUCUGAUUGUUUAAAAAAAAACCUUUUGAAAUUAAAUCACAGGGUGCCUCGAUCCUGAGCGCUGUAUUUCUUAAUGCUUUCCUAAUUAUUAGGCAUGUCACGACUGUCGCGCAGAGGAGUUGAUACCUUAAUCAAUUUUUAAAAAUGAAGAGUCACUCGAAGCGUUGCUACAGGUUGGAUGGAAAUACGGCACAUUUGGCGUCAUUGUCACAGCCUCCAAUUGAUUUCAGAUGCCUUUGUAUGUAUCUACAGUAUAAUAUGACACACUUCAUGUAUCAUUCCACACCACAGCUGUUGGAAAGAGUGCAAAAUCAUUCCUUUACUGUUUUACUGUUUGACCAGUGUUGGCACACAAACAUGAGGCUUAAUCUUUAAAAAAAAAAAAGAAAGAAAGAAAGAAAGAAAGAAAAUCGCAUAUUUCUUGCAUUUUAAAGAUGAAAUGUCAACUUAAUUUUAUUUACAUUGUUCUCAUGUAAUGAAUCCUCACUGCAUUUACACAUGUGUGUGUUUUUGUUGUUGUUUGAGACCUUUUUUGUGUAUAUUGGGCUUGUGUGAGUUUGUGCGGGGUCUAAAUCUACUCUAUGGCUCCAUCUUCUGGUCAUUACUGCAAUGGACUGACUGUACAGCCAGAAUAGUGUGUGUGUGUGUGUGUGUGUGUGUGUGUGUGUGUGUGUGUGUGUGUGUGUGUACAGUCAGGAUAGGACCAGAAGUGUAUUUGACUGUGGCUUCAAAUGAAAAAUAAAAACUGUAUGGCUUCUUUAACAGCCUGAAGAAUUUCCACACUAUACAGUAUGCUCGAUGAAUGAAGCUUGUUCUCAGUAACUUAUAUCAUGUACGACUGCUAAUUCUGAAGUAGAUUUAUGAAUAGACAAUCAUAUUCGUUAUACUGUCUGUCACUUACAUUAAUGGAUUUGUCUGAUGUAAAGAUAUUCACAUAAACGUUUGUACAGCAGACUUUGCGAGCACAAUCAUGCAAGUGCAUUAUGCUAUUUGAUAAUAUAAACAGACCAUCGUAUUUGCAGCUCUCUAUACAACCUCAUGCUACAAUAUGUUAUGAAGUAUUUGUAUUUAUGGGGGAAGGAGAGGAAAAGUUUCCACUGGCUUCCAGAUUGUGCUCUGAAAAGCGGACGUGAUCCGUCUGACUGUAUGGAUGAAGUUAGAGGUGACGUGCUCCUCUGUCGACUUUGAAUUCGGUGUGCUUUGUUAAUGAUGACAACGAGGUCUGUCUUGGACAGCAUGGAGCCACACUUAGCUGUAUUUUUGUAUUUAAAACGUUGACAAAAGGCUUCACAUCAGUUUAUAGUGACGAUUUCAAUAAAGUGAUUUGGACAUUA